AUGAAUGAAGAGAUUGAGAACGUCUCUUCACAUCUAUCUAUCUAUCUAUCUAUCUAUCUAUCCUCGGGUAGGGAUAACUGCCCGGAUAAAUUCCGAGAAUUGGUAAAAUUAUCACAAUUUUGUUCAUAUCUAUCUAUUUAUCUAUCUAUCUAUCUAUCUAUCUAUGUCUUGAUAACAUACUCCUGUCUUUAUUUCUUUCUUUCUUUCUUUCUUAUUCGAGUAGAUAACAUACUUCUUGCUUUCUUUCUUAUUCGUAUAACAUACUUCUUUCUUUCUUUCUUUCUUAUUCGUGUAGAUAACAUACUUUUUUCUUUCUUUCUUAAUCGAUUAGAUAAUAUACUUCUUUCUUUCUUUUCUUUUUUCUGUCUUUCUUUUAUUCGUUCCUUUAAUUCUUUCUUUAUUUCUUGUUCGUCUUUCUUUCUUAUUCGGGUAGUUAAUCUACUUCUUUCUUUCUUUCUUUCUUUCUUUCUUUCUUUCUUUCUUUCUAUUUCUUUCAUUUAG